ACGAGCAGCCGAGCAUCGCCUGGGUCAUCAUUGCAGCGACGGUCUUCGGAUUUCUGUUUUAUUCCCUGACUGUGAUGGCAUCUUUGAUAUCUCCCGCUUGUCCAUUUCAGACACCAACAUCGACGAUAUUACGCAUGUUGCGCACCGACAGGGCUCUACUCCUGGUGUUCAAACGGGCCUCCAGUUAUUUCCACCAGCUCAUGACGUCACUCCAUGGCAUACUGCAACGAUUACUUGGUAUCGUCAGACUCGGAUGGACUCGAUUGUCUGGAAUAUUUACAGGCCCUGUAUAUGCGGCUUCAUAACCGGAUGUGUUUUAUUGUUCCGUGCUUGUCGACAAAGGUCGGGGACUUGGAAGCACACUCGCUUGACCUGCAUUUUCAUGUUUCGUCGGACGAUGAAUACGCCCUCACCUUCCCUGGCACACCCACCAGCCAUCUCGAAGCACUUAGCAUUAAGUGGCUGCUUGAGACCUCUACGGAUCCUGGAGUAUUUCUCGCCGCUGUCAGCCUUGUUCCUCAAGUAGAGUGGCCCCUGGAUCUUGACGUCUCAGACACGCUGCAUCAGCUGUAUGAUGUCUUAAUUAGCUGCGUGGGCUUCUAUGGGCAAAUUAUACCGUCGUUAGAGGAGAAGGCCUCGGCUUGUACAAUGGCUCUGAGUCAUCUAUAUUGUGGCCACGUUCUCCAGGCAUAUCCUGCCCGUGGUGAAUUCCUUGGCCGCAGGACAAGAGACUAUGAUACAUUUUACGAUAUGACUCUGGGCAACAUAGGUACAGCCAACAAGAUGGUACUUGUCUCGGCUAUGCAACUUUGUUCUUCGGAAGAUGACGAUCUUGAUCUUGGAUUUUCGUGGCAUACUUUUUGGUUACACAAGUGUCCUGACUCUGUCCUUGGGUGGCUGUCGCAUUCUCUUCCUUAUCACUUUGUCACUGGGCGAGUGAAUGAACAUGUAGAAAAAAUCGCCACAAAGGUGAUAUCAAAACUGCUAUCAUCUACAUCCUCUCCGUCGAAUCAAAUCGUAGCCAAUUGCACUCUUCUUGCUUGCGUCAUGAUCGGCGUUCAGUUUGACAAGAGGGACAUAGUUCAGAUCGAUAAAAGUUCCGCUCUACCUCGACUCAGCGAGUCCCUUUUGGUGCAGUUCCAGAAGGUUCUCUGGGCAUGGGAUGAAGGACAACUUGAUAAAGAUAGCACAGGAGCCGUAUGCCGGGCAUGGAAGCUUCUCGACAUUAUCUGUCGCAUCAUCGAGCUUGUCAGACCUCACUUUCUUUCUUCAUUUCACAUCAUGCAGAAUCUGGACGUGUGCAAGAGGAUUUAUUCACGUGCGAGGUCAUCCGAACAAAACGAUGCCUCAGUUUCAUUAGCAGCUCUACGAAAGUUGUGGUACACCGGCUUGUUUUUGCAAGGCGGUUCCCACUCACCAGAAGACUUUGACUGGGCGGUGGACUACCUCGAUUUCAUCCAUUCCGACGACCACGAAGCGGCAUAUGACAUCCUCUUGCUACUGGGUAGCAUGGAAGUGCGCUGCAGCUCCUCUAAACAACAUCUGUUCUUCGAGAGCCUCAUCGCCUGCAUGGACGAUAACAUGCCUCAAUAUUUACGCCAUGCCGCCCUCCGCGCUGCUCACAAUGUCCGAGAAGAAAUUGCCUCGAUUGAUGCCAUUCAUGAUGCAAUGCUACGGAACACGGUUUUGACCAAGCUCUUCCCCGCUAUUCUGUCCGUGCUUUGUCUGCACCCAGAUACAACACCCACAAAUGAUGGUCCUGACCACUUUUUCUAUGAAAGUCGCGACUUCUGCUAUCUCGAACUGGUCUUUGCCCUCGCGGGAAAUUCCGACUGGCGCUCCCACCUGUCUGGGGAUCGCCAUAUCGAUCAGUGCUUUAGCAUGAUUCCAAGGUACUGCGAUCCCGAGUACGGCAAGCAUGCCUUUUACAUAGCUGGUAUCAUCCUCCAAAUCGCACCUGAACAGACAUCGGAUACAUCGCUCAAUUCUGUCACAGAGCAGCAGUGGUGGGACGUGAUGAGAUGUGCAUGGAAUUACCCUCCCCAUGACUUUCACAACACACGCAAUAUUGAGCUCCUUCUUGUCCUUGUGGAUGGCACCAAGAAGUAUAUGCAUAUUGCUUCGAAAUCUAACCUCGAGCAGCUCAUCGGAAGAGUAGAUUGGUUUCUCAAAUAUCUGGAGCGGGACAUGCGAUGGCAGAGGCGGCUACAGGAGUUGCGUCUGGAGACGGGGCCGGAGAUACAAAGCUUAGAGCAGGGAGAGAGGAUUGCCAUUGUUGUGAAGGCGUUGAGGUCUGCAGCCAGCGACAUGAUAGAGAGCUUUGGUCAACAAUUAUCAGUGGCUGGCUAAUUGUCCACCUAAAGCGAAUCAGUAUUGGCCUCGCCCGCGACAUCUAUCAUCUCCUUCCUCAUGCUCCACGACAUUUUACCCUUCGAGAUGAUCGGUUCUUGAUAGGCCGUCAGCGUUUCCCUAGCGUAGGGUUCGCAGUCUCAGCCUUCGUUUUCUGGGAAGUCCGGGCGAUUGAUGGGGCUUUGAGACGUCACUUCAGUAAUGUGAUCGAGUAGUAUGAG